GCCGCUAUUUUCCUCCCAACCGCAUCGAGGCGCUUAUGUGCGUUUGACCGGACAGUUUCUCAUCUCGCGCAGGAACCGAGGCAUCCUUGACAACAAUCGCCGGUGGUCUGUUGUUGGCGUCUUAACGCUUUUGUUUACUUUCCUUGAUCUUCACAACGUUCAUUUUAUUCGGAUAUGUGUAUUUGUUAAUCUUAAAUCCCUUAUUUUAACAACUCCUUACCACAUCACAUAAUAAAAUUACCUGGAACGGACUAUUUGACGCCUCAUAUCAGUCAAGUUGUGUUUGUUACUUGACAUGCAUCUGUAAAGGGGUUGACAAGUUAAGCAAAACAUCUAGAGCGGCUCCAUGGAACCCAGUAACGAUGUUGCGCUUGAUAUCAUCGUUACUAAUGUCGUAUCAGUAUUCAGAACCAGGUGCCAUCUAAACCUGCGCACCAUCGGCCUGGAAGGGACAAAUGUCAUCUACAAGCCUGAAGUGGGAAAAGUUCUGAUGAAGCUGCGGAAACCACGUAUCACUGCCUCUAUAUGGUCAUCAGGGAAAAUUAUUUGCACUGGAGCAACAAGUGAGGAAGAAGCCAAACUAGGUGCUCGACGGUUGGCCCGCUGUCUACAGAAGAUGGGAUUUAAGGUGAGGUUCUCGGAUUUUAAGGUUGUCAAUGUGCUGGCAGUGUGCUCCAUGCCUUUUCAGAUCCGUCUCAUUGAGUUCACUAAGAACAACCGGCCCAUUGCCAGCUACGAGCCCGAGCUUCAUCCUGCUGCGUCAUACAGAAUCAAAAACCUCAGGAGUACAGUGCAGGUGUUUUCCACAGGCAAUAUCACUGUUACAGGACCAAAUGUACAGAGUGUGGCGUCUGCCGUGGAGGAGAUUUAUCCUCUGCUGUUUGAGUGUCGGAAAACACUGUCAUAAACCACACGCACACACGCAGCUUUUUUGCCAUUUCACGUCCAAGCGGGUCUGGGUCGUGUGUUUUCAGAGUCAUGCCUUUGAACGUUGACUUUGGUGUUUUCGGACCCCACGACGAUUAAUGACGACCUCUUAAAGCUCAGAAGAGGACCAUUAGUGCAUUGACAUUGUGUUGCUGACAUUGUGUAGUUUAUAAACACUUGAAUUAACUGUAUUAUAAUGCAUGGACACCAAAGUAAAAACUGGCAAGCAGUGACAUUUUAAGAAUCGCAUUUUAAUGAAACGUCUUGGAAGUUUUAGGUAUGUUAAUUCUAGUGACGUCUUUACGGCUCAUUUAACGAUACUAUAAAUCAGAAGCGAGAGGUUAAAGGGCAAACAAACACUUCACAUUUCAACAGCAGGUGAUGCAUUUCUGGUUUACGCUGUGGACUGGAACACUCUGGAUUGUGGAGGAGUCUUUGGUCCAUAUGUUUAUGUAAUAUGUGAAAACUUUUGUAUUUUAUAAUAAACAAAUAAAAUAACCUCUAUAUUAAGUCA